GCAACUGAUGCAGGCGCGGACUCACCGAAAGCCGUGGAAGGCCCGCGAUGAGCAGCUGAUCCUUUCUCCGCACUGGAUAAAACACAAAAACCCUCGAUCACCAUGGUCACCGGCGCAGAGUCAUGAGUUCUCAUCCCGCCAACAGCAGCCGGACCAUCACCACACGGAGGCGAGAAGACACCCGCAGGGAGCCGCAGUGGAGAGAGUGAUUUCUGUUUUGUUCAGUGUGUGAGUGUGUGUGUUUCCACGCGUUUGGACCUGUUGACCCGCUCUCCGUGACGCACCGCGCGCCGUGACGCACCGCUCCCCGCGCCGCACCGCGCCGCCGCUCGAUGAUGCUCCUGUCCGCCCUCCUCACCCUCACCGCGUCUCACCUGCUGGCGCCGCUGCUCCUCUGUCACCUGCCCCCGGUGACGGCGCAGAAGCCCGGAUCGCGGUGGCUGAUCGGCGACAGGGACAGUCACUGCGGGGUCAUCUGCUCGCGGACGCAGGGGAAGCCGGUGUGCGGCUCGGACGGGCGGAGCUACGAGACCGGCUGCGAACUGCAGAGGGCGCGCUGCAAAGACAAGACACUCGCACUGGCCCACCGCGGCCGAUGUCGAGGUAAAAACUGGGUGAAAAUCGAUCAGUUGCCAGUGGCGCCGGCGCCGACCUCCAUGUCUGAGGGGAGAGACCUGGAGCUCAAAGAUGCAGGUCAGUCCAAGUGUCGCGUUGAGAGGAACCAGGCGUUGGAACAGGCCAGGAGACCUCAGGAGUCCAUGUUUAUCCCCGAGUGCAACGAGGAUGGGACGUUUGCCCAGGUCCAGUGCCACACUCUGACUGGUUACUGCUGGUGUGUGACCAGUGACGGCAAGCCAGUGAGUGGCUCCUCUGUGCAAAACAGGACCCCAGUGUGUUCAGGAAACUUCCAUGAAUUUAUGGGAACUCAUGCCGCGACAAGUGGAUUGUCAGGGUCAGUAACCGACAGACCACCCGGGCCGCCGAACUCGGGUAGAAAAGUUUCUUUCCGUUUCUUUCUCACCCUCAACCCAGAUGAUGGCUCCAAGCCCACACCCACCAUGGAGACUCACGUCCCGCCUGAGGGCGAUGAGAUAACGGCUCCGACGCUGUGGAUAAAACAGCUGGUGAAGCAGAACAGCUCCACGUCCAGGAAACAAGAGAAAGUUCCCUCUUGUGACCAGGAGAGACAGAGCGCCCUGGACGAGGAUCGGCAGAACCCUCGCGAGGCCAUCUUCAUCCCCGACUGCGGACCCGGCGGCCUUUACAAACCGGUCCAGUGCCACCAGUCCACAGGCUACUGCUGGUGUGUUCUAGUGGACACGGGACGGCCCAUCCCUGGAACCUCCACCCGGUACCAGAAGCCGGAGUGCGACAGCGCCGCACGAUCCCGAGGCUCGGACGCAGAGGAUCCCUUCCAGGGCCGAGACCUGACAGGCUGCCCCGAGGGGAAAAAAGUGGAAUUCAUUACAAGCUUGUUAGAUGCCCUCACCACAGACAUGGUGCAAGCCAUAAACUCGCCAGCCCCCUCCGGUGGUGGGAGGUUUGUUGAGCCUGACCCCAGUCACACUUUAGAGGAGAGGGUGGUGCACUGGUACUUCGCCCAGCUGGAUAACAACGGCAGCCAUGACGUGAACAAGAAGGAGCUGAAGCCCUUCAAGAAGUACCUGAAGAAAAAAGCCAAGCCCAAGAAAUGCGCCCGCAAGUUCAUCGACUACUGCGACCUGAAUAAGGACAGGGCCAUUUCUCUGCAGGAGCUGAAGGGCUGCCUGGGCGUCAGCAAGGAGGGUAGCUCAACAACAAGUGGCAACCAAGGGACAAGGCAAGGGACAAAUUUGUUCAUAGGUCGUCUGGUGUGAGAAGAGAAGGAUCCAGAGGCUGAGAUGAGAGCAGAGGGCACAGAGGGAAGCCAUCUGUACGCUUGCUGACAGGAAAGAGAAAGAUGGAGCAGAAAAAUUGACAAGUUCCUGAGGUUUUUUUUUUUUUUUUAAACAAGUGAACAGAAAAACGAGAAAAGAAAACGAAGCGGCGCCAAAAUAUUUGCACUUUCUCCUCCCUACGUUUGACAUGUUUACCUGUUUGUACGUGUUUUGUUUUUCCUCCUGAUGUGACUGAAAAUGUCUUGGCAAGAGCGAGAAUAUAUUUGCUAAGCGAUGAGAUGAACGGCUCACCACUGGAGGGGCGAGUACGUUCGCGUCAGCACGUUUCUCCCAUGUGUUCAGUGGCGAUAACAUUAACCAUACAUGCCCCCUGAUACAUUUAGUAGCAUGCCAGCAGUGGCCGCCCCACGAGCUGACUGAGUCUCAUUCAGUUGCUUGAUGCACACAAAACUCCUGAAGAAGGAACUACGGCGAUGUAGUCCAGUUGAAAAUGAACGUCUGAAUUUGUACGUGAACAUGCAAUAUUAAAUGAACCACAUGCAUUAGAAUUAAACUGUGAUUACUAAUUUAUCAGGCCAGAAUUAGCUGCACACAAACCCCCCCAUUGCACUGUAAAGAACUUUAAUCAUUAACAUAUUGGCUCAAGAAUCAAAUGAUUAUGAACAAAAUGAUUUGUUCACUAAAUACCAGUGUUGGAUGAAGCCAGCUGUGAAUGAGUCGGUACUUAACUAGAUUACUUAAAAACACGUUUUGUGCAACCCAAAACCAAUGCAAGACCAGCAUGUCGUUUGUACUUUGUGGUUUUCUCCGUUGUUAGCAUGUUGUGUGCACAAAAUGCCUCAAGGUUGUUUUUCUAUAUUUUUUUUUUUUUUUGCAGUUUGUGCGAAUUGGAAAACGAUGUCAAGCAACAAUAAUAGAAUAGUAAUAACAAAGUUUACUAGUCAUUUUAAAGUAAUGUCCAAGCUUCUCAUCAAAAUAUUGGGACAGUGUAUACACAAUACUAGCAGUAGACUAACGCAGCUUUACACUCGCGGAAACAUUUCCAUGUGCUUUCAUACAUGUGGCUUUAUAAAAAGAAUGAAGCCACUUAGAGCUUAGGAGAGGCACACAACCAUGAAAUAUUAUUGCCUUAUUUGUUGUUAUUAUAAUGGCUAACGUGUUAGCACAGAGAUGUAGACAACACAGAGCAACAUCCUCAUUCCAUCCCAAGUCUGAUAUUCACUUUCCUUUUCGCUCCGUUUUGGUCUCCACCAACUGCCGGUGAAAUACCCGGCUCAAUUGCUGUUAAAUGCUCGUUGCUACCUCUUUCUGUCUGUUACCUGGUACUAAGCGGAAAGUAUUCAGCUGGUUUAAUGCGGGAGUAUCCGGAGAAAACCCACGCAUACACGGGGAGAACAUGCAAACUCCACACAGGCUGUGGUUGGUUCCAACCGGGAUGCGAACCCAGAACCUACUUGCUGAAUUUAGUGUGAGUUCAUCGGCUUCGGCUGGUUACUAUUACAAAUGGCAAGACCAGUAACAAAUCCCUGACCCCCCCCCGGUUCAUUUUUCCAAAACAGAAUACAUUCCAGAAGAUGAGCUGAGGUUUAGAAGUAUCGUACUUAAUGGUACAAAAUAAAAAGAGACGACUGAACCCAUGGAAGUAAGAUGUUUGAACGUGCCAGCGUCCCAUUAAUAUCAGCCCAUUUCAGCCGUCAUGUUCACGUUUAUCCCCGUUAUUGUCAACAAGAUUUGGCAUUCACAAAUGCCAGUCCCUAAAAUAAAUAUUUGAAUCUGCCCAGUAAUAUCAGAGUGCAUUUUGUGCAUGUAAACACAUUCAUUGUCUGUCCUCCAACAGUUGAUGUCAGUCCUGUUCUGUGAAACACUUAGCACCACAAACACACACACACACACACACACACACACACUUGGAGCUUUGCCGCCUUGCGUAAGACAAUGCAGUGUAAAAGUCUUAAAAUACCCUUCAGGGUGUCCGAUUAACAGGACUGUGACUGAGCCGGGAGGAAAAACGCGUAUGGAGGAGGUAUGGAAUGUUGAAAAAAUAAAAUGUAUUCCUCACAUUUGGGAACAAUUGAGUUUCGAGGAAGGAGAAUUGCGAGUUGCUAAUGUGGACUGAAUGCCUGUCUGUUUGUUUUGAGUUGUGUAUUUCUUACCAUAUUCCCAAGAGUCACUGCAGUGGCUGAAGAACGUGAGACAAAAAAAAGGGCUCCUAUUGUAAAUAUGUACAAUAACCUUUGUUUGUUUGUUUGACUAAAUUGCAUUGUGGGGGCAUAUGGGUGUUCACUUUCGUCACUGUCAGUGUGGUUUAUUGUAAAAAAAAAAAAAAAAAAAAAAUCAUACAUAUAUCCUCUUCUGUGUUUACAUCAUGUCAAACAUUAGGCUACGGUAGCUCGUUGAAACGCUUAGACCAGACUGUGUGUUAUCAGCUCAGAGCAGUGUUUAUUUUAUCCGUGGUGGGGUUAUGUGACUAUUUGGCUUGUGUUUUUUUGUUUUUUUUACCAUUCCUGUCAUCAUCACUAUACACGGUCACGGCGGUAUACAGUUUCUGCUGCUUUUAAUCCGCUGCAACCGCAAGUCCAGUCUCAUCUAAUUAGGACUGGACAGUUGUGCCAAGGCUGAAAAGAGAAACCCGUCUUUCUCUGAGAGCUGUGCAGUCUCUCCCGGGUGCCUGUUUCAGUCCCGGUUUGAACACUAGAUGUGUGUGUGUGUGUGUGUGUGUGUGUGUGUGUGUGUGUGUGUGUGUGUGUCUGCCCAAGUGCUUCCAGACGCUGCAGAUUAAAUGCAAGAGCUCAAACAACCUAACGGGCUAGUAAUCACCGCUAAUCAUGAUUGGGGGACGUAUGUAGAGAAGGAGGCUUACAGGUUGACUGUCAAGUCUGACAGCAGGAAGCCAAGACUGUCUUGCUCCUCAUCAGCCACGUUUCCAACGCAAAGCCUCCGAAACGGCUCGUCAAAGACCGUUUCAAGAUGUUUUGACAAUUCUUCUAAUACACAGCUGAAGAAAUUAGAUCUGUUGAAAACAAAUCACAGAGACGUGUUGUCUUCGGGUGAAAUUCGCUGAUGUAAACGUGGCAUCGAGUUGCAGCCGUUAGGCUCGGCGAUGAAAACUAAAAAAUGCUUGUCCGCUGAUAACAUAGACCCGAGCUAUUUCAACUUGUGACAAGACACACAACAAGACAGAACAGUAGGAAAAGACCAAAAAAAAAGAUGAGAUCACCUAAAUCUUGGAAACGGCAGUCACUUACCUCUUGUAAAGGCAUGUGAAGAGAAUGAAAAGGCCCCUGGGAGCGAGAGGAGGGUUCAAUACUGACCCCCAAUGGUGAAGAUAGUUCACUGCAGGUUGCAAAGUUCACACACACUGACACCAUGUUAGCCAGGUAUACACACACACACACACACACACACCCUACAAAGCAUCAGCCAAGCCGACCCAUUUUCAUCAAGUGACAAUAAAUAUUUUUAAAGAA